GCCCCGAAAUGAUCAACAGCAUACCUGUAAAAGCCUAGAAAUCCGUAAAAUAACAAUCUUUUUUUAUUUACCUACUUGUAUUAAAAUUUUGAAAAUUUAAACUAUUUUGAAAAAAUAAUUUAAAAUUGGAGAAGAUGCAUCGCUAAUAAUAUUUAUUUAAAACAUCGCAUCUCUACUUCUUCAUCUUCUUCUCUGUGGACCGAGCAGCCGAAUCGGUCCGCAAACAAGUGCAGCAGUGUGUAUAUUAUAUCGCAGUGUUGGAGAAAGGCCAGGCAAAAAGUGUGAUGGAGAAUGAAAUAUUAAGUCAGAUGAUCUCCAUUUAAAAAUAACAGAACAUCAUCAUCACGUAUUUAUUUAGUAGGCUUACCCACGUACGUCUUGUUAACUUGAGAGGAAAGAGUUUAAUUGGUAGUUAGUUAGGUAUAGUUUACUGGUAGAAUAUGGUAUGAAAGGGGGGAAUAGUAGGUGUGAAAUUAGUAAAUAUUUAUAUCUUCGGCGUAGUUUUUAAGUUGGUUAAAGUUUUAGGAAGUUUAGGUUAACUCUAUUAGUUAUUUUAUUUAUUGAUGGUUGAAAGGGAUAGUGAUUAGUAAGGUUGACGAGUAGGAUUAGACUAAUUUUAUACUUUAUUGUUGAUAUAAUACGAGUUACGUGGGUUAUCCUGUGAUGAAAGGAGGGGUUUGAGUUGUUUUGUAAAAUAGUUUGGCUUGACUGAUUAAUGUACUGAUUAAUAAUGACUGACGAGUUGAAGAUUUGACGGUUUUAAUCUAUUAAAAGCGGAUUGUAUCGUGUCGUGUCCUACUUCUACUACAACUAUUCAUUCUCAGCAGUUUGAAAAUUUAGCUAUUACAAGUACAAGACUUGCUGCUUUGAACAAAGAUGGACAUGGAUACAGAAAAUGAACUUAAGGAGGAGGAGGAUCCGGAACUUAAGAAGGUUUUGGAACAUGUCGGUGGAGGUUGUCCGAUUCCAAUAGAGUUGGGUUAUCGAAGUAUGGGAUUCAAUGCCUUCCACAAAAGAAGGAAGCUAUGUGUGGUAGGCAAAAAGCUAGUUUCUGACAAUUUUGCGUCGACGGCAGACUACAAUUUAGUCACGUGCAAUAAAAAGUUGCAAACAAAAAGUAAAUUCAAGUUGCCUCCCGGUGCAAGGACAACGUUCCACAUGGCAUUUAGUGUCGACGGAAAGUUGGUCGCUUCUUGCCACGGGGAUCAUAAUGUCUACGUGUGUGAAAUCAAGAGUGGAAAGGUCGUCAAGACUUUAAGUGGUCAUCCAAGGACACCUUGGUGUGUAGUUUUCCACCCUACACAAAGUGAUAUUUUGGCUUCUGGUUGUUUGGCUGGCCAUGUUAGAGUUUGGGAUUUAAAAGGAGGAAGUGAAUUGUUGAUAACUGAUAGUGGUACUGUAAUUGCAAGUUUGGCAUUUCAUCCAACCGUUCGCCUUCUAGCUAUCGGGACAUUCAACGAAGUUCUCUUUUGGGACUGGUCACGCGGAGAUGUGCCUUUGGCAAGAUGUUGUACUGAAAAUAAUAAAGAGAAAGUCAGAUUGGUGCGGUUUGAUUCAACUGGCCAGUCCUUAAUCACUGGAAUUACCAAUUUUCCCACUGCCCCUUCCGCAAAUUCUAUUCAUGUCCCAGGUGGAGUGCUAAAUCCAACUAUUAAUCGACCAACGAUAAAUAUUCUUCGAGGUCUUGGCGAUCUAGAUUUGGAUCCCGACAUUCAAGAAGAACUAGAAGAGAGGCAAGAUCGUUUCCAAGAAAGCUAUCGUCAGUUAGUUACUCACUAUGAAGACUUGGUUCAACAUUAUCACACGUUCCUAAGAAGUCGAAUUCCACGAAUUUUGGGCUCAAAUAAUAGCGGAGGUCAGCAACUAGAGGGUGGAUCUGUUGUAGGGGGUGGUGCCUUUACAAAUAAUGCAGCACAUGGGGAAGGUGUUGGACAUCCCAUCAGUAAUAGAGAUGACCCCCCACGACCAGGUCCAAGCACAAGCUCUAGACUAUGGACAUGUUAUCCUAUGCCCCCAUCCUUAAUGCGACCCCAACUGCAGCCACAAGCAUCGACAACUUCCCAACCAGGCUUUGGUCCUCCUGGUGUAUCGACCACAGCGCCUAGUCAAUCAGCACCUCCAAAUCAAUCAUUGGCUUCAUCCUCUUCGUCUUCAUCAUCGUCAUCUUCCUCUUCUACGACUUCUGCUUCCACUUCUGUCGGUUCAACAACGCAAGGAUUAGCUUCAAGUUCUACUACUGCUAGGGAAUUUGGAAGUAUUGACGCCUUAGCACAAAACAUUUUGGAAAUGCAAAACUUGUGCAGUCAAGCAAGACAACGAGUUCGUCUUGGUCCAUCAACGAGCCCACCUACAAUGGAGACCCAACAUGUCAUGGAAUUGCAACAAAUUCGACAACAUCUAGAAGUUCUUCAAGAUCAAACUAGAAGACUGCAACACUCAAUUCGUGCAACUUUAACUUCUUUGGCUACAGGAAGUUUGGCGGCGAUGCGAUCACAAGAAACAACAAGUAGCAGCACCAAUAAUGCCAAUACCACUAAUACUACAAAUACCGCCAGCACAAGUGCCAGUAACCCUCUAAAUUAUAAUAGCUCAACAAAUCCAACUCCAUCGAAUAAUAAUUCUUCCCCAAUCUCGUCUCCAAUAAUAAAUUCGCCUCCUCUCCCACUUUCAAACUUGCUCUCUCUACAAACUAAUACUACAAACAAUAGUAGUAAUACCGUUAUUAGUAAUAUAAAUAACCUUCCCGCCCCGCCAGAAAGAGAAGAACAAUUACGACCCCGUCGAAGCAUUUCACCUUCCACCUCAAACAGCACUUCCUUCUUUCGAAUUUCCAUUAACUCAAAUCCCGACCGGAUGCGAGUUCCCCCCGUUGUGCGAUACAAUGAUAACAGACGUGUCGUCACUCGGGAAUUUGUUAUUGACCAUCACUCACGCAAUUGCCCCUUCAAUCUCAACCAGCAACCCCUUCCGAUUGGGAAUAGAACUCGAUGUCUGAUUGAGGAUGAGGGUCAAAUUGAGCUAGAACAAUGGCCAACAUUUGACACUGGGAUGGCGACGAGUACCCGAAGUUUUCCAGGAGUUGAAAUCGAGCGUCAGGCAGAAACCAGUAUUUCGAGCAACACUAACAAUUCUGACUUGAAUCUGCGAGUCUUUCUCUCAGUUCGGGGGACGGAAGAUGUCGAAAUGUCUGAAAAUUGGCAAAGAAAUUUCCUUUCUGGUCUUGCCCUCGUUCCCAGUGCCGUUCGAGAGGGGCGUCGUGGAAGAAAUAUUCGUAUUCGAAGAAAUUAUCAACGGAAUCAAGUCCCGAAUCGACUCAACAACUCGUUCGUGAGAAGUUUCUAUAUCCGCGUGGAUACAGAAUUGGUGCCAGUUUAUAGCAGUCAUGAAACUUCCAGCGGUCAAGAAAUACGAGACAGUUUGGGGUCUAAUGUGUUUGUAUUCCCCAUCAGCGUCUUUUUCAAUGAUUUUGACUCGAAUCAGCAGAUUUUUCAGGUUGGAAUUUAUUGGCCAUGCAUGAGUCAAGGAGAGGAAGAGGCACUCAGUGACGUCCGGAGAUAUGAACAACCCAUCACUGUAUUUCCGAACCAGAACGCACGUGGACGACGCGUCCGCGUAAGCUAUGACGCAAAUUCGUUAGAUAUUGAAGUUUCUGGAGUACGAUUAGGAACCGUGCAGCCAGGAAUUCAGGUUCUCGAGGCUGUGACAAACCUGAGAGGGGGUGGAACCCGAGGUGUAAUUUAUGUCGAGUAUCUUGCGCCGCUUUUGGAGGGAAUGGAACGAUAUUUUAGUCAACAAUUACUUGGGACUCCGCGUGGUAGACGUAGUCGACAACCCCGCAGAAUCAUCACAUUUGCAAGAGAUCAAGGUCCAAGUGGAGCAGGAGGUGGUUAUGAUUAUCUCAGAGGAAUGGGUGUCCCAAGAGUUUCCCAAUUUCACGACGGACCAGACGAUGAUAAUCGAAGAGUAUUAAGUUUGGCAGUUGAAACUGUGGCAUCAACGGCGAGCGAAUUGUUGAUAAAUCGACGCCCUGUGGAGUCUAGGAUUGAGCGAGUCCUCAAUAGCAGCACUGCUUUAAAUAACUUGGCUGCCAGUAGUUCAAUACCGGGACCUUCUUCAUCCCUGCAUUACCAUCAUCAUCAUCCAUCUACUAGUUCUGGGUCAUCCGGAAGCAGUUCAUCGAGCAGUGGGAGCAACACACCCACCAGCCAAGAAAGAAUGGAAGACAUCCAGCGAAGAAUUAGCUUCAUGGCCAAUUCAAAUUGGUCACGGACUGCUGGACGUGCAAGUUCCAGUUCGACUCAAACACCAAGUGGAGGACCUAGUGGUAAUAAUGGUCGACCGGGACCUGAUGAAGGAUUGAUUAUAAAUCGGAGCCAUGGUGGAGCCAUGCCACAUCAUCACUGGGUUAUUAGACGCCAAAGACGUUUCACAAAUCAGCCCAUUCAACGAAAUGUCGAUUCUGGGACUAGUGCUAGAACUCGGGAUAUAACCAGCAAUCAAAUUGGACCAAGGAUAGGCGAAAGAGACGAUGAAGAUGCUUCCAGAUUUUUUCAACCUUACAAUCCAGAAAUCCUCAUAACACCGAGGGCAACUUUAAAUGGAUCUGGGUCAUCAUCCUCAGUUUCUGGAUCAAACGUGCCUCCCCCACUUCCACCUCAUUCCGCUUCGUAUUACCAUUUGGACGCUACUACGACAUCCUUUUUAUCCAGUCGAGUUCAACGUUGGGACUUUAGCCAAUUUUUGGUUCCUGACAUCAGCAAGCGCCACUCCAAUAUUGUCGUUCGCGAAUGUUCACUACACUCUGACGCAUGUUUGGAUGUCAGUAAGAAUUCCGAUUUCCUCGCUGUCCUCCAACCAUCAGAUUCUGGCGCAUACUCAUCCCUCGGAGUUUACAGCUUACGCUCUGAAAAUCUUGGCGAUUUGUUAUUCGUGUAUCAUUUUGAUCAGAACACAGUCAGUGUGAGUAUCAGUCCAAGUUCCGAGUACAUCUGUGUUGGUUAUGCGGGUCGUGGGCCAAUGUAUCGGUUUGUUCAGCAAGGAAACAGUACUGGACGAAACAUUGGACAGAUACUGAGCAUGCGAGGAAAGAACGGUACCCUGACCCCAGUUCGAGACCUUUAUGCAGAAAAUACGGGGAGUGUGAUGGCUAUAAAUUGUAUGCAUUUUUUGCGCACUCCUGGCAUGGGACUUGUGUACGGAACGAAUACAGGAGAGAUCAUGUUACUCAUGUAGUAAUGCAGAGAGAAGAGAAAAAGCAUAAUUGUGUGGUGGUGAUGCAAUGAAUAUUAAGUUUUAUUUAGUCGAUGUAUCGAUUAAAGUAAGGAAAACAUUUUUUUGUAAUUAAUUAUCCAAGAUACUGAAAUAAACGUUGCGAAAAAUUUGA